AAAUUAAACUUGAACGCAGACAACACACAAAACUUGUAAGCAAAGCUACGAACGGUUCAAAAGUUACCGCACUAACCAAUAGUAAUAACCAUGGUCCUCAAAUAUCAAUAUUAUGUAUUAGUUGGCAGAAAGACCCAUUUGCUUUGUAAUUUGACCUUUCUGGAGUCUGGACCUGUUAUCUCCCUCUAAAUAAGUUUCAGCUAAAUCGAUCAAUGCCUUCAAUUUUAUAUGGUAAUAUUUUUAGUUAGUAUAUUCCAUUGCUAAAUAAAUUUGAUUUUGGCUUUGUAUGCAGAACUUGAGGCGUUACCUUUUUUGACACUGAAUUUUGGGUAGGGAGAUGCCACCUUCCUUAGCAAUGAGAUUCUCUCCGGGGAAAGAACCAAGACAAGACAUUCACAAGCGUGGCCACUGUCUCGGAGGCGGAUUGCUAUUCAGGGAGAGACGAGAUGAUGAUGAUGAUGAUCUUGCUUUGUUCAAUGAAAUGGAGUCCAAAGAGAAUUUUCUACUUCAGCCAUCGGAUGACUUUGAAGAUCCAUUUUCUAUGCAGUUGAGGCAUUUUCCGGAUACCAAGGUUAGGAUUUCCAUUCAUGGCCAAGGAGAAACCAGUGACUUGCUCAAUGCAGAUGAUGACAAAAAUGACUAUGACUGGUUGUUCACACCACCUGACACACCACUGUUUCCUUCAUUAGAUGAUGAACCACAACAAAUAAAUGUUGUAGGCAGAGGAAGUCCUCAGAGUAAACCCAUUUCCAUAUCAAGAUCUUCUACGAUGGAGAGAAGUUAUGUAAGCAGGAGAAGUUCAACUCCUACCCCUCGGAGGACCAGCACUGGCUCCGUUGGUCCUGCAAUCUCAUCAGGGAUUAGAGGAGCUUCGCCUGUUAAGACAAGCCGUGGGAACUUUGCUUCACCAAAGAUAAGAGCAUGGCAAACUAGUUCUUCCAAUUUCUCUUGUGCUGCUCCUCCCAAUCUCUGUACUUCUUUGGCUGAUCGACCAAAAAUUCCAGCAUCCCGAAAUGGUAGGGAUUCAACCAGCAAAUUCAGUAGGCAAUCAAUGUCUCCUACUGCUUCUUGGAGUAGCAGCUCUUUUCUCAGUCAAGAUCGAGAUCAAUUCAGUUCAUACAGCAAGGAUUCUGUUGCAUCAUCUGGCUGUGAUGAUGUAGACUCUCUUCAGUCUAUCCCAAUGGGAAGUUUAGAUAGAGCAAAUUCAAUAAAGGGGGGUUCACAUUCCAAUGUCAAAUAUCCUACUUCCAAGAAAUCGUCCAGCAUGGCGUCCCCAAAUUCUGCUCCUAAAAGAUCAUUUGAUUCUGCUCUCCGGCAAAUGGAUAGAAAAAGUCAUCAGAAAAUGUUCAGACCACUUCUAUCUAGUGUGCCAAGUACAACUUUUUAUGUUGGGAAAGCAAAUUCGGCAAAAUGUUCCCUUGUAUAUAGCGAUUCUUCUGCUACUUCAACCAGCAAUAUGAGCUCUGAUCAUGGAAGACGUUGUGCACAAGAUACCAAAGGGAGUGACCAAAAUCAAGAUGACAGGGUAAAGGGAACUGAGAAGAUAUUAUAUUCUGAUAUUCAUGAAGAAGUAUUUUCCUUUAAGAUUCUACCCAUCAUGAUAUUGAUACAGAAUUAAAUGUAUUCAAAAACUUCCAAUGUCAGAGGUGAUAUUUCUGAACCUGCCUGUUUUGAAAAUAUAGCAACUUGUUCUAGUUGUGGUUGUUGCUAUGAGGUCACCGAACAAGCUGAGAAGUAUAUCAAGCUUUGUCCGCAGUGCAGCAGGGAAAACACCUUAUUGAGACAUAACAUUGCAGAGACAAAUUUGGAAGUUUCCAACGACUCUUCAGAGAGUUCUACAAAUUUCCCUGCAGAACAAAAACCAUUAGCUGAAAUAGAUCAACAACCAGUUGGGUCUGAACUGCCUCAAGAGUCUGAUGCGGGUAACAUGAGAGUUUUUCUUGAUGAACAAGAAGCCAAGGGAAGUCAAUCUUUGUCCCCUGAAGUAAUUCAGGGUCACUUGCAACAAGGUCCUACUCCAAGUUCAUCUGUGGAGGAAAGUGCACAGAUGCACUCCUGCCAGCCAGAGGUGGAUCAAUCAGGGAUUGAUUACAAGAAGCCAGAUAAUCAUCAUACGGAUCAAGAGUUAUGUCAUUCCCAGGAUCGCCCAAAUUUGAAAGUGAACCACCUCUUGGAAGGCAAUGGCAUUUCUGUAUUGUUGAGAAGGUCAAGGAGCAGCAGAGGAACCAUAGUUCAGGGCAGGACUGUCACUGCCGCAACCUUAUCUUAUGAUGAUCUUUAUUUUCCAAGAGGCAGUGUAAAUGGUAUAAGAAGAUCAAUUGGGCAUCAUAGUUAUUCUGCCUUAUCAUCUGUUGAUUUCAGCCCAGCAAAACAUUCUGAAUUUCAUGUUCAAAGGCAGUCAAUUGGCAAGAAAUUCGAUGUUGACCGCAAAUAUGACCCAAGGAUCAAGUGUCCAAGCACUGCUUCAUCUAUCUCUGGAACGUCAAACCAUUCUCACCAUGGUUUAGAUUUUAUGGUACCAGAAACUUCUAUCAAUACAGAUUAUAGCAGAGUAACUGAUGCUUCUGAAACAGAAAUGUUAAGCCAGGUUAUUGGUGUACGGUCAGAUGACAAUUCGGUAACAUCUUUUCGAAAUUAUGGAGAUUGUAUUUCAUACAGUUAUGUUGACGACCAUCCAGAUCAUGCUAGCAGCAUCUCAAAUACAGAAGCAUCGCUUAAGGAUCCAAUGUCAUCUCUUGAUGAGAAAAAUGGUGUCAAAAUCACCAAUGUUGAUGGAAUGGAUGCUUUGGUUAGUACCAACAAUUCUGCAAUUAUAAAAUCAGAAAUAGAAGGAGAAAACUGUUGCCAGAAUGAUAGUGGUGUGGCAGAUGGGAAUCUGUCAAUGGUAUCAAAGUGCACUGUGGAUAAAUCUCAGGAACAUUCUGUCCUACAUUCUUCCAAUGAUUCUCCUAGAGAUUUUGUUUCUGAGCUCAAUACGGCAGAAUAUUCCCAUGGCAUAGAGGGAUCAACAAUUACAGUGGAGUGUCAAGGUGCUGGCAACACUAGAAGCCUUACACUUGAAGAAGCAACAGAUACCAUACUCUUUUGCAGCUCUAUAAUCCACGAUCUUGCAUAUCAGGCUGCAACAAUAGCAAUGGAAAAGGAACUCUUAGACCCUCUUGAAGGUUCUGAACCAACACUGACUAUAUUGGAGAAGGCCAAUUCUGAUAAAAAGGAUUCUCGAAACCCAAUGGAUAGCAAGCGCCCUUCCAAACCCCAAAAAGUGAAGCCAACACCACCGGAAACUGAUGUAAAAUCUCUUUUUGCUAAUAAGACUGAGAACGAUGAAAACGUGCACAAGUCUUUGCCACGCACCAUUGGGCUUCUCGAUAAGGUAGACGGCCUGAAGCCACCCCCUAAUAAGCUUGAAUCAAAGUGUAAUUGCAUUAUAAUGUGAGUGCAAAGUUGAGCAGCAUUUUCGGAAUUUCGGCUCUUCAAGUUUGACUAUAUAAUAUACAAUUAUACACUAGAGCUUAGCUAAGUGCUUGUGCAGAAUAGCCAUUUGGUUUUUAUGUUGGUUACAUUACAACCCUGUUUCACACAAUUGUAAAGUUAAUUAUUUUCUUUUCCCCAUUUUUAUUGGAAGGCCGAUCAGUUAGAGGCAUGUAGAUGAUUGCUUUCCCUCCGUGUUCUGCAUAUUAUUGUUUGAUUUGAUUUCAUUCUCAAUUAAGUGAUCCACUAUUGACCAGUGGAAGUGUGCAUUACAAACUCACUUGUACAUAUUCAUUAAGAUUGUGAUAAAAGUUUAUGUUUUCCUUC